CCGGCUCGGGAGGCAGCUGAGCCCGCGGGGCCGCGGGAAGUUCGGCCGCCAGAGGCCGCGCCGGCAGCCGUCCUGCCGCCUCCGGAGCCGGCGCCUCACCUGCCCUCCGCCCGGCCCCUCGCCAACUUCCCCCAGCAACUGGGGGGCGCGCAGCGCCCGGCGCCCUCUCCACCUUCCUGACGGCAUCCUCAUGUCUCCGGACACCUGAGCACCCCGGUCCCGCCCGAGAGCCUCCCGAGGGCAGAAGAGCGCCUGUCCCCACCACCCAGCCCAGCACAUCCGUCGACCGCGGCCGCCCGGCCUCCGGGGAGGAGGAUGGGGCUGGAGACGCGUUCCCCGAGGAUGCUCAUGUGGCUGGUGGCCUCGGGGAUCGUUUUCUACGGGAAGCUGUGGGUCUGCGCCGGCCUCGAUUAUGAUUACACUUUUGAAGGGAACGAAGAGGACAGAACGGAGACUCUAGAUUACAAGGACCCUUGCAAAGCCGCUGUAUUUUGGGGUGAUAUUGCCUUAGAUGAUGAAGACUUAAAUAUCUUUCAAAUAGAUAGGACAAUUGACCUUACGCAGAACCCCUUUGGAAACCUUGGACAUACCACAGGUGGACUUGGGGACCAUGGUAUGUCAAAGAAACAAGGAGCUCUCUACCAACUUAUAGACAGGAUAAGAAGAAUUGGCUCUGGGUUGGAGCAAAACAACACAGUUAAGGGAAAAGUACCUCUAAAAUUCUCAGGGCAAAAUGAGAAAAACCGUGUUCCCAGAGCAGCCACAUCCAGGACAGAGCGGAUAUGGCCCGGAGGUGUUAUUCCUUACAUCAUCGGGGGCAACUUCACUGGCAGCCAGCGAGCCAUGUUCAAGCAGGCCAUGCGGCACUGGGAGAAGCACACUUGCGUGACAUUCAUCGAGAGGAGUGAUGAGGAGAGUUACAUUGUGUUCACCUAUAGGCCUUGUGGAUGCUGCUCCUAUGUAGGUCGCCGGGGAAACGGACCUCAGGCCAUCUCUAUUGGCAAGAACUGCGACAAAUUUGGAAUUGUUGUUCAUGAACUGGGCCAUGUGAUAGGCUUUUGGCAUGAGCACACGCGACCCGACCGGGACAGCCAUGUGACCAUCAUUAGGGAGAACAUCCAGCCAGGUCAAGAGUACAAUUUUCUGAAGAUGGAGCCUGGAGAAGUAAACUCACUUGGCGAAAGAUACGAUUUUGACAGUAUCAUGCACUAUGCCAGGAACACCUUCUCAAGGGGGAUGUUUUUGGAUACCAUUCUCCCCUCUCGUGAUGAUAAUGGCAUCCGUCCAGCAAUUGGUCAGCGGACCCGUUUAAGCAAAGGAGAUAUUGCACAGGCAAGAAAGCUGUAUAGAUGUCCAGCUUGUGGACAAACCCUACAAGAAUCCAAUGGCAAUCUUUCUUCCCCAGGAUUUCCCAAUGGCUACCCUUCCUACACACACUGCAUCUGGAGAGUUUCUGUGACCCCAGGGGAGAAGAUUGUUCUAAAUUUCACCACAAUGGACCUCUACAAGAGCAGUCUGUGCUGGUAUGACUACAUUGAAGUGCGAGACGGCUACUGGAGGAAAUCGCCUCUCCUGGGUAGAUUCUGUGGGGACAAAGUUCCUGAGGUUCUUACCUCUACAGACAGCAGAAUGUGGAUUGAGUUUCGCAGCAGCAGCAAUUGGGUAGGAAAAGGCUUUGCGGCUGUCUAUGAAGCGAUCUGUGGAGGUGAGAUUCGUAAAAACGAAGGACAGAUCCAGUCCCCUAAUUAUCCAGAUGACUAUCGCCCGAUGAAAGAAUGUGUGUGGAAAAUAACGGUGUUGGAGGGCUACCACGUGGGGCUGACUUUUCAGGCCUUUGAGCCUGAGCAUGAUCGAGACCCCGUCUCUACUAAAAAUAGAAAAACUAGAUAAUAUGUUCACAUAAUUUUAUUGUUGCAGAUCGAAAGACACGACAACUGUGCUUAUGACUACCUAGAAGUUCGAGAUGGAACCAGUGAGAACAGCCCUUUGAUAGGGCGUUUCUGUGGCUACGAUAAACCUGAAGACGUAAGGUCGACCUCCAACACCUUGUGGAUGAAGUUUGUUUCUGACGGGACCGUGAACAAGGCGGGGUUUGCUGCUAACUUUUUUAAAGAGGAGGACGAGUGUGCCCGGCCCGACCGCGGCGGCUGCGCGCAGCGGUGCCUGAACACCCUGGGCAGCUUCCAGUGCGCCUGCGAGCCGGGCUACGAGCUGGGCCCUGACCGCAGGGCCUGCGAAGCUGCGUGUGGUGGACUUCUUACCAAGCUCAACGGCACCAUCACUACCCCCGGCUGGCCCAAGGAGUACCCGCCAAAUAAAAACUGUGUGUGGCAAGUGGUCGCUCCAACCCAGUAUAGAAUUUCUGUGAAAUUUGAGUUUUUUGAAUUGGAAGGAAAUGAGGUGUGCAAGUAUGAUUACGUGGAGAUCUGGAGUGGUCUUUCCUCUGAGUCCAAACUACACGGCAAGUUCUGUGGCGCCGAAGUGCCAGAAGUGAUCACAUCGCAGUUCAACAACAUGAGAAUUGAGUUCAAAUCCGACAAUACUGUGUCCAAGAAGGGCUUCAAAGCACAUUUUUUCUCAGACAAAGAUGAAUGUUCUAAAGACAACGGCGGGUGUCAGCACGAGUGCCUCAACACGAUGGGAAGCUACACGUGUCAGUGUCGUAACGGCUUCGUACUACAUGAAAAUAAGCACGAUUGCAAGGAAGCUGAGUGUGAGCAGAAGAUCCACAGUCCCAGUGGCCUCAUCACCAGCCCUAACUGGCCCGACAAGUACCCCAGCAGGAAGCAGUGCACGUGGGAAAUCAGCACCGCCCCUGGCCACCGCGUCAAAUUAUCUUUCAGUGAGUUUGAGGUAGAACAGCAUCAGGAAUGCGCGUAUGAUCACUUAGAAGUAUUCGAUGGAGAAACGGAAAAAUCACCAAUCCUUGGACGACUGUGUGGCAACAAGAUCCCAGAACCUCUGGUGGCCACUGGGAAUAAAAUGUUUGUCCGGUUUGUUUCUGAUGCAUCUGUUCAGAGGAAAGGCUUCCAGGCCACGCACUCUACAGAGUGUGGUGGCCGAUUGAAAGCAGAAUCAAAACCCAGAGACCUGUACUCCCACUCUCAGUUUGGGGACAACAACUACCCCGGGCAGGUCGACUGUGAAUGGCUGUUAGUGUCCGAACACGGCUCUCGUCUUGAAUUAUCCUUCCCGACCUUCGAAUUGGAGGAAGAAGCAGACUGUGGCUAUGACUACGUUGAGCUCUUUGAUGGUCUGGAUUCCGCAGCUGUGGGUCUUGGUCGGCUCUGUGGAUCAGGGCCACCAGAAGAGAUCUAUUCAAUCGGGGAUGCAGUUUUAAUUCAUUUUCACACUGAUGACACAAUUAACAAGAAGGGAUUUCAUAUAAGAUACAAAAGCAUAAGAUAUCCAGAUACCAAGCAUACCAAAAAAUAGCAACAAAACCUCCGUCAGAACCUAAAGGGACAUGUGUACUGCAGAGAAGACGGAUGUUUUUAAACUGACGAUAUUGACACAAAUGUUUUAUAUAAGUUUGAACACAAGAAAACCGUAAGGCCAGAAUUAUCUCUCUACUGCGUGACUAGUUUCCAGCCAACCCUGAUCAGCAUCGCAAGGGUAUCUGAACUCUCUGCUUGAUGGGAUUAAUGAAGCCGGUGAAAGGGCCUCACCUGCUUCAAAGAAGACGCGGCCAGCUGUGUUCACACCUUACAAUAGACACCUCACAAUUCAGACAGCACAGAAGCCCUGAUCCUUCAGAGUGCUCUUGUUGACAAAUUUUUAAGGUUUGUGGGCAUAAAAGAUGAUAUUGCAGGUCAUAAACUGGAAACCUCUCCUCUCGUGUCUUUGUGCUGUGAUACAGUGUAAACCAGAUGGGUAUACGGUGGUGAGCAGUGGGGAUCUCUGAGGGUGGUUCGUACUUUAAACCUGUAUGUGUGUCUGAUGUCUGGAAACUGGAAUAUUUCAGCUUCAUUAUUUUUCACCUGCAGGCCAGUUUAACCUCUUUGAAACUCAAAUGAUCUUGAGACCACUUCAUCGUACUUAACUUUUCCCAUGAGUUUGAAAUGUUCUUAGGGUCUAGUAUUGCAGUUAAACUCUAGCUAUGACUUCUUCGAGUCCUGGACAAUGCCUGGUUAGUCAGCAGACUCGAUUCUUCUGGUGGAAAUGCUGUCUGUCCACACCAAAUCUAGAAGCCUGUGAUGUCUUAGGGAACCUAUGGGAAACCAGCCCAGAGGUGUAAGCAGGGCCCUUCCAGGUAACUCCCUGGGUGGUUCAUACUCAAAUUACUACGGCUGCUAUUACCUUUCUGUUUUCUUUUGCUGUUGGUCUGUUAUUACUGUCACCAUUAAUGUAUUUUUUAAAACUGAAAAGAAACAGAAGUAGGCCUUCUGAAAAUGGAAAGAUCUCUCUCUGUCUCCCCCUCUUUUCCCCCUGGGAUUCAGUUUAAAAAAAAAAAAAUGCAAAGGUGGAAAAAAGAUUUGUUUCUGAAAGACUUCCUAUGGUGCUAUUCCAUAAACUUAUUUUUUUUAAAACAGGUUUUUGACCUUUGAGCCAACCACUUGUAGACAACAAAUGUCUCCGGAUGUCUGGCCGGUGUUAGUUUAUCAGGAGUAUGUUGUAGCCAGGGCAGCACCUGUCCUGUGGAACAACUAUUAUAAUGCCUUAGAAUGAUAUUAUAAUGCCAAGAAUGCACACAAUCAAACAGGCCCUCCUAGUAACACGACUUUUGAAAUGCUGAGCACAAUUGAGUAUGUUAACUAACAGCUUUAGGAGGAAAGUCCAUUUCCAUAACUGAAACAUGGGAUAUAAAUAUGGUGACCUGGUUUUGUUGUAGAAAAUGUAAUUUUCGAAUGGAUUUCCUGAUUAAAGGCGUGUGUGUUUUUAAUGUUAAUGUACUUGUGAGAUUGUCUGAGUGAGUGAAGCUGCAAGGAGUGAAAAGUCAUGAGUGGCUGAAGAGGUAAAAUUUAUGUGCCAAGUCCUCUAAAGUCCUGUUUGAAAUAGCACCUUUCUUAAGUUUCAUGGACAAAUAACGGGAACCUCUGCUUAUUAUCAAUCCCCUUAAAGAAGGGUUCUUCCCUUUAAAGAAACUAUUUUGACAUAUUUUAAUGUAGAUGUAGAUUCCCACAUGAAGUACUUUAUUUCUGUUACCUGUCCAUGAACAGUCAACAUUUGAUACAAUUUACAGAAUUAAACUAUACAGUCAGAUAGAUGUUGCUUAUUUUUUCUCUCAUUGUUGCUCUGAAAAAAAUUUUUUCUUGCAUAUGAAUUGUGAAGUGUAAAUACCUUUUUAAAGCCAAUGUUUUGAUCUUACAGAAUGUUACUUUGGAAACGUAUAACUUGCCUGCAGGGUAGAUGAGCCUUUUAGUGAAGCUGAUUUAUUCCGGUAACUUUUUCACUAAUCUCCAUUUAGUCAGAAUAUGCCAGGAAUGAAGGAGAGAGGAGAAAAAAAGACGUUACCGCCUGUUGUGUUCUGCUGGCAAGGGCACUGGCUCUCAGAAACUCCAGGCUGCCCUCUGAGGACCGCCCUGAUGCUCUCGUUGUGUAGUUCAGGAAGUGAGACUCAGAAAUGACAUAGCUUUCCAGUGUCGCAGCGUAGUUAGAUGUCAAAAUCCAGUUUGAUAGCAAGGUCUGUGUUUGUUCUACAAAAUAUAGUAGAAUCAAUCUUGGCGUAUAUAAAUAGUAGAUUUUUAUUACGAUGAGACUUUUCCACGUAAAUUUUAAAGGUGAAUUACAAAACAACUUCCAGGAUGACCCUUUUUUCCCCCCAGAAACAGCAUGAGAAUGAGAAUAUUAGUGAUAGCUUUAUUUAAGAACCAGAACUAGUAUUAGAAAUUAAAAAAAAAACGAAAUACAAUAUGGUUUGGAGUUACUGUGGGCCUUCUGUUAAAAUAACUGUGUUAAAUUAUUUUGCUUGGUAUGGGAGAGCAAAUGUAUUGCUCUGUAUUCAGAAAUUUUCUGGAUGUUCUGAUAAACCUCCUUUUAGGCUACAAUGAGCUGUGCUCGACACAACUGAGAAAUUAAAGAAGGUAUUUGGAAAGCGUAUAGAGGUGUCGCAACUUUAGGUCUUCGACAAGAACAAUUAUUUUUAUUGUAUCAAUUUACUGCAUAUUAUUUUUAUAUUAAUUAAACAUUUGCCUUAAAUGUGUUGUUAAAUGAAUAUACAAACAUCUUCAUUGUUGUUUUGUUAAUAUUUGUUAGUUGCUGUUCCAGGCAUUUUUAAAUUAAGUUUGUAAAUUAUUUUCAACCCCUACAUCCAUAUAUUAAUUGUGCUUUAUUUUUGCUAAAGUUCUAAAUCUCACAAUUCUCACUAACUAUAC